AGCUCAUUAUCAAUAAUGAAUACUUGACUUUUGAUACCGCGUUCGAUGACGAUUUAUUGUUAUCAUAUCAACUGUAUGGUAUUGAGAAGUUUAGUGUAAAUGAGGAAUGUAUUUUCAAUGUGCGUAUAGCUUCUAGUAGAUUAUUGUUCAAACCAUUUGUGUGAUUUGUUUUUUUUUUUUAUUUUUAAUGCGAGAAAAUGUCCCUCAACGAGAGAAAGUUCGUAGAAGUUAUUCUAGCGUGCAUCCUUUUAUGGUUAUCUUUUACGACGAUCGAUGGCCAGCAACAAAAGUGCAUUUACGUCAAGUCGACAGGAUUUCUAGACUGUCGCAAUAAAAAUUUAACAUCUGUACCAAUAUUACCGGCAGAUACCAGAGUUCUAGAUUUAUCCCAUAACAAUAUCCAACGCCUGAAUCAGAAUUCGUUCAACAGCUGCUUGUCAGUGACAGAGGUGUAUUUGGCUAACAACAGUAUCAAGAGCUUACACUACAGCACGUUCGAAAAAUUGAGCUCGCUCAGAAUUCUAGACUUGAGCGAUAAUCUUUUGCAAAAUGUGUUCACCGAUUUACCGGUGUCUUUGGAGAUAUUGUACUUGGAUAGGAAUCCGUUAUCGAGCGAGUACAUAUUUCAGCAAAGAUUGCAUUAUUUGAAGUAUUUGAGUUUGGAUGGAGCCAAUUUGACCAGGAUACCGAAUUUCGCGCAAAUUCUGCCCGUGCUGAGGUACCUGAAUUUGGAUAACAACGCUGGCAUACAGAUCACCGAUGAGGAUUUGAGGUCUUUGAAGACUUUGCAGACGUUGACUGUAUCGCAGAGAGUGUUUGGAGGACGAGCUAAGGCGGACAGAUGUAAUUAUUUUGGUAAAUUCGCUCGUCAGAGGAAUAUCGAGGUGAAGAAUCUCGAAUGUCAUAAUAACAAAAAUUUCGACUUGUUGGCGAAAUCUUUCGUGAGAGACUAUACGAAUAAUGAGGUAGUUUACGAAGGUCCCGACGCGGUUUUAAACUGGAAUGUGCAAGAUGCGAAUUUAUUCGAUUUACGAAGCUUGAUAUCGAACGGGCUUGCUAAUUUUUUCAAAGCUUUGCUGGUUGAAAAAAGGGAAGCUGAAGAAACUGGUGCUGGUAAAAUCAGAGAACCGAUCAAGAUGGACGAUUACGUGGUUAAAAAUCCUGAACUGGCUCUGCGUAAUGUUUUUCUGAGCGGAUUCCCCUUGUUUAAAAAUGUCAAUCAGCCACAAAUCGGUUUAAGUUCUUCGGAUCCUGCUGAUAUGAGAAGAUUCAAGAUCGGUUACAAAUCGGCCGAAGAUGGAAGAUCGAUGGUCUUGAGCGGUAUCUUCAACUUCUACACCAAAGUAUACAGAUUCUCGUGCGAAUUGACCGAAGCUGUGUUCAAAUUCGACCAAAACCUAAUGCGAAUGAAUGACUUCACCGUUAAACCGAUGCGAACCGAGCAAACGUUACAAUUCGAGAAGAAAAGAUGCACGUUGAACGAGUCAUCUGACAGAGUCACCGAUGACAUCCUUAUGAACAUGAUGACCGACGCUUUAUCCAAAUAUUGGCUGGAUCACGCCGUCAACGUAGCACAUGCAGGCUUAUUAGAUCAUCAAAUCAAAAAUUACACUUCUCAGUUCACGAAUAUCUAUAAACGAAAACUCUUAUCUACUUUGGUACUGCGGACAAUCGAUUAUUUGAGAACGCUGAAUAUAAAUUCGUUCGACGUAUCUCCUACCGCUCACGGGUCGUUGAAAGAUAACUCGUUGGAUAUGCUGUUCGAGAACCAGGUUUACAAUAUUAAAAUUUUCAAUUUAUUCAAUCAUUCGGAUUACAACACGACUUAUAAAAUGAGCAACGAGAUGGCCGGUAAUACGUUCAAAGUGCCUAUGACCACCACCGUGUUUUACCCGGUUGAAAAUUCGGCCAUUUUAGCCAUUUCUUCGAAACAAGAUCCCAACGAAGUGAUUACAUUCUACAUUAAGAAUGUCGAAGUGAAUACUGUUUUCGAACUCAAGACAAUCAACAAGGUGACCAAAGUUAGACCGAUCGAUGUGAGUGUGAAAUUAAUCGAAGUAGGUGAACAGAAACGAGAUCCGAUUGUCAUCCAGAUAUUGAAGAAGUAUUUGAAUUUAGAGCUUUCCAAAGAGUUCCAAAGAGCGUUGACUUUCUUAAUGAGUGAAAUUGAUUUCGAGUCUUUGAACUUGUAAUCAAUCGUACUUAAUUUUUUUUUAUUCCUGAUUAAUUAUUAGAUACCUCAUUUCUUAUUUCUUUUUUUUUUAUACAAUGUUGAAAUUUUAUUUAUGUUCUUAGUAUAGUUUUUAAAAAUGUUACGUACCUAUAUAAAAAAUGUAUAAGAAAAAAAGUAUAUUCUACACGUCGUUGUUA